UUCAGCCUCGUUCUGUUUCCAGUCAACAUUAGCGUUCCAAUAUCAGGUCUAAUAAUAAUACAUACUCUUCUGCUCAGGAAUAUCGGUGGUUGGUAUCUAUUGAGAACCAGACGCAACCUACGCAUCGCUCUACACCCACUUGGAACGUCUCCUGUUACCUACGUGACCAAAUAGCCCAUUGGAUACCACGAGGACGUUGCGACCUACCGGUCAAAUUAACGCAGAUUAGAUACUCAUUACAAACAUACUUGUGGAAUUCUAUGCCAGUCACCAUCUCGGUCGCAGCACUAUCCAAGAUAUAAGGCCCAACGUGCGGGGUGACUUUCGCACGCGAACAGAGUGACGACGGGAUGAACGUGUCGGAUACAGCCAUGGCGCCACAGCAGGGAGCAUAUGCGGACAUGAAUGAUGCAGAGGGGAAUAUUUCUGCUCCACCAAAGCCGUUUGUCAAGGUGGAUGAUCCACCUAAAUUUGACUUAGAGUCUUACAUAGCGAAUUACACUGGCAGAACCAGAUUCAGUAGACUAUACCUCAUAGGCACUUGCUCGACACACCUUUCCACGGAAGCCCUGAAGCUUGCUGUUGCGGAGGCCAAAUCUGGUAAAGACGUCGGUCGCUACGAACGUGCGGUCCGAGCUCUAGCAGAAGUUGUCCCGAAUGACAAUGAAGCGACUUUGGAUACAAAAUGGGUGGAGAAUAUGCGAAAGGUAGUCUCGGCUGAAACUGACCGCUUGGAGCAUGAGCUACGGGGAUACAAGAAUAAUCUGAUUAAAGAGAGCAUAAGGAUGGGCAAUGAAGAUCUCGGACUGCAUUAUCACCAAAUUGGACAAUUAGCGCCGGCAUCCAAAGCCUAUUCCCACAUGAGGGAAUUCUGUACGACUCCGGGACAUGUAGCGUCCAUGUUGUUCAAGAUCAUCAACGUUGCAAUUGAACGUGGGGAUUGGCUAAGCGUCCAAUCGAAUGUGAAUCGGUUGCGCAAUUUGCAGUCCAAACCGGAAGAGCAAGCGAGACAUCAGCCCAAGAUUUCUGCGGCGUUAGGCCUGUCCCAAUUACAUUCGGAAUUAUAUUUGGAAGCGGCGAACAGCUUCUUGUCUGUCGACCCUAGCUUGGCAUAUACAUACAAUGAAGUACUCACACCCAACGACGUGGCCGUAUAUGGCGGGCUCUGCGCCCUCGCAUCGAUGGACCGGAGUGAACUUCAGCGUCAUGUGCUGGAAAACAACUCGUUCCGCAAUUUCCUCGAGUUGGAACCACAUAUCCGACGCGCUAUUUCGUUCUUCUGCAAUUCAAAAUUCCGCCCCUGUUUGGAUAUCCUCGACGCCUACCGGGCAGACUACCUUCUCGACCUGCAUCUCCAGCGACACUUUGAAGCCCUCUACUCCCAAAUCCGCACCAAGUCCAUCCAACAAUAUCUUGUCCCUUUCAGUCUUGUUAGCCUCGAUUCUAUGGCCAAAAUCUUCGCUCCUACUGUGAUGGGAGGACAGGCACAGCCGCUAGAUUCCCAAUCACCCUUGGUGCAGGAGUUGAUUGAGCUCAUCAGGGAUGGCACUUUGGAAAUGCGGAUCGACCUGGAAAAGGGAGUGCUGGUAUCGAAUCAAACUGAUCUACGCACGGACGUGCAGCAGGCUGCCCUGGAUAGCGUGCAGGAGUAUAUUCGCGAGGCCCAUAUCCGAUUACUCCGAACCAAUAUUCUACAUGCGGGAUUGGAAGUGCGGCCGAUCCGGGACGACAGGAGGGGUGGACUCGAAGAGCGGCUUGGUAGCAGGGGAUUGGCUGCGUUAGAAGGAAAGUUGGGUCGUGGAUCCGGCAUGUCAGGGUAAGCAACAACGGCUAUGAAUGAAUGGCAAUUGAAAUUGAUGACAUCCGGGGGUAAUGGAGACCUACUCCACAGUGUGGGUUUGAUCUGCUCCAAUUUUAAGAAGGGGCUAGACAAACAUCGAAUACCCAGCCCACAAAAAAAGGUCUGCCUCAUACUGGCGGAGACAUCUCAAUUCCAGUCAUAGAAGAAUUAAUGUUCGGAUUUGAAUCAAGCAUCGAGUCAGUAGCAUUAGUCAACGGUACGAACCGGUUUCAUCACUUCCUCGGGCUUGCUCCCUCAUGGUUCUUUCGUAACUAUUUAUCUAACUAGCAGGGAAAAGAGUGAAUUUGGAAUUCGAAUUGCUAUUCAUGGGUCGUUUUGUGUAGAAGAUAUAUACAGCGGUUGGAGUUGAAGGGUGAAUUGUUUCCAACGAUGAAAGUAGAGACAAGCUUGCAAAUCUCUAUCAAUAAAUGCCGCUCAAACUACGGCUAGAAUUGAC